ACUACAUUCUUGCCUCGGAUUAAAGGAACAGCACAAGCUUGAGCCUUGUAAGCAGUGAGGAACAAAAGAAACCCUCUUACUCUGGCAUGUAAAAUCUGCCUCACAUAUUCAGUCCAGAGGCUGCUAAUCAAAAUUGCUUUCACUCUUAUCACACCAGCUGAAAUAUUCACAGGUUGAGUGAUGAGGCUGAAGAAACUUUGGAACAUGACACCGACAGUCUUGCUGCUCCAGUGGAGGAAGCUGCUUUUCUGGGUCCUGCUUGGUUUUCUGUGCCUCUUGUGGCCUCCAGAAGCCAAGGCGCAAUUCCCACGAGUGUGCAUGACUGUGGAGAGGAUCCAGGCCAAGCAGUGUUGCCCAGCAUUGGGGUCUAAUCCCGACAAUGUGUGUGGUUCACAGCAAGGCAGAGGUGCCUGUAGGGAGGUGCAAGUGGACACCAGACCGUGGAGCGGUCCCUACACUCUUCGCAAUGUGGAUGACCGGGAGCGCUGGCCACUGAAGUUCUUCAACCGAAGUUGCCAGUGCACAGGGAAUUUUGCUGGCUAUAACUGUGGGGACUGCAAAUUUGGCUGGAUGGGGCCCACAUGUGAUGAGAAGAAGCCCCCAGUCAUCCGGAAGAACAUCCACGCUCUGACCGAGGAAGAAAGAGAACAAUUUUUGGAUGCUCUGAACCGUGCGAAGACAACAGUUCACCCAGACUAUGUGAUCGCAAAAGAGCAUUGGCUGAGUUUGCUUGGUCCCAGUGGGAAUGAUCCGCAAGUGACAAAUUGCAGCAUUUAUAACUUUUACGUGUGGUUGCAUUAUUACUCUGUGAGAGACACUCUGUUAGGGCCAGGUCGUCCUUUCACAGCAAUAGACUUCUCCCAUCAAGGACCUGCCUUUGUUACUUGGCAUAGGUAUCAUUUGCUGCUGCUGGAAAGAGACCUGCAGCGGAUGAUUGGGAAUGAGUCCUUUGCAUUGCCUUACUGGAAUUUUGCUACAGGCCGAAAUGAAUGUGAUGUGUGUACAGAUCAACUUCUUGGAGCAUCAAGUCCAGAUGAUCCGCAAUUAAUAAGUCAGAAUUCAAGAUUUUCACAAUGGGAGAUAAUAUGCAACAGUUUGGAUGAUUAUAAUCGCCUGGUGAAACUAUGUAAUGGAACUAAUGAAGGGCUUCUGAGGAGGAACCCAUUUAGCAAAGAUGGUGAUCGGCUGCCAACCCUGGAUGAUGUCCGGAACUGUCUGUCUCUUCAAGAUUUUGAUAAACCUCCUUUCUUUCGGAAUUCUACUUUUAGCUUCAGGAAUGCUUUGGAAGGGUUUGAUAAACCUGAUGGAACCUUGGACAUGCCAGUAGUGAGUCUCCAUAAUUUGGUUCACUCUGUUUUGAAUGGGACAGGGACUCUUCCCCAUUCGGCAGUGAAUGAUCCUAUCUUUGUGGUUCUCCAUUCCUUUACUGAUGCUAUUUUUGAUGAGUGGAUGAAACGAUUUCGCCCAUCUGACAGUGCAUGGCCUCAGGAGCUAGCACCCAUUGGUCAUAAUCGGCUGUUCAACAUGGUGCCUUUCUUCCCUCCCAUCACCAAUGAGGAACUGUUUUUAACUGCAGAACAACUUGGUUACAGCUAUGCCAUUGACCUGCCAGAAUCCUCUGAGGAGGCUCGUGCUUGGGCGCUUAUGGUUGGAUCCACCAUCGGAGGUGCUCUGAUAGCUUUAGUUGUGCUGGUCCUUCUGCUCCUUCUUUUCCAGCAUAGGAGGCACAGGAAGGGAUUCGAACCUCUCAUGAACGCAAGGUUCAGUGUCAAGAAAUACACUGAAGACCCCUAAAAAAGGUGGCUGAGUUCUGAAAUGACUAUAUCCAGGAGCAUAUCCGGAGUAGUCAAUUGGUCUGCAUUUAUCAUUUGGUUGAGUUAGCAAUACUAUAGAAAGCAAUAUCUGGGCAGCUUAAAUUUAUAUAACUAUCUGAAAUAAGUAUCCAUAUCUUUUAGAUUUGGAGCCAUGAUAUACAUCUUCACCCUUGAGAAGGAUAACUGGCGAUCCUAAGGGCAGACCUGAACUUCCAGUUUCUGAAUGGCUGAUUGAUUCUCUCCCAGUGUAAAAUGGUGUGCUCCUAAGUGGAAGAGAGUAAUCCUCUGUUUGGCAGACAUUUCUGAAUCUUUGUGAGACUUAGCUGCCCACUCUUUCACUAGGGUUGCCUUAAAAGAUUAGCUUUGCACAGGUUCUCUCAGAUAUCACAGGUGGAAACCAAGAGGGUUACUAUAAAUGCAUAAAUACACUGUGAGCUCUGAUAUAUGUUUUCAGAAUGUGCCUUGUCAUAAAUGCACUUAAUGCUUUAGAUUAGUGGCAGGCAAGUUGGGAGGGCCUGGGAGCAGGUUUCCCACACAUUCCAGGUCCACCAUGUAGGCCACCCACUAUGGGCUGCCCUGCCCUGCUGAAAGUGGAAGUAGCUAGAAGCUUCUGUCCAGACUCAAAACCCUCCAUAUUUUUUUUGCUUUUCAAAAUCAAGCUUUGGUUUAAAUUAUAUCCCCCACCCACAUUUUUAAGGAGGAGCUCCAGAAGGCUCACUCAUCCUGAACAACAACAAAAUGGCUGACAGGUAGAUGCUGCACAUGGCCUACUGCCUGGAUGUUUCCUACCCCUGUUGUAAUUAAUAACUGUAAUAACUCUAUCAAAUCAAUUCUGACUUGUGGAGACCCUUUCCAGAGUUUUCUAGGUAGAUAAGAGACAGAAGUGAUUUACCCUUCCUUUUUUCUAUCCCUGCUUUAAGACCCACAUAAUCUCGAUUUGAAAAUCAGAAAGAGAGAAAAAAAAUAUCUGGAUGCCUGUUUACUUCUCCAGGUCUUUCAACAUUUAUUUAGCAUUGUGUGCUAAUUGUCGUAUAGAACAUGCCCACAAUGUUUACAAAACACUUUCCUGAGUAAAACUGUGAUCAGUACUGUUCAUUUUCUACAUAUUUAGCCAAGGCUGAUUGUUGAUCAUGUUGCAUUUCACAAGCUGCAUUUUGUGCUGCAUUCUGAUUACAUGGAUGCGGAUCCAUAAAUCCUUAUGCGCAACUGUGGAUUUUUAUGUGUGACUGCACACAUUCACCAAACAGGUUGUUACUCCUGUUAUCUUUGACAACAUCAGUUACCAGAGGAGAUGUUAGAUUCAGUGGGUUUGUCCAGUUCCAUUCCUCUACAAAAGAGAUAAUCUUUUAUCUUUCAUUACAUUUGUAUCCCAGCAUUCUCCAUCCAUUUUCUCCUCGUAGCAGCUCUGUGCAAAUAGAUUUGGCUGUGAGAUAUUGGCUGAAAUCUGGUUAUCAGUUACACAAGUGGUGUAACUUUUAGAGAAAAUUGCUAUAAGUUAAUAAAUCCCUAUUGGCAGCCAAUUAAUGAUAAGUCUUGCAAUUCUGUGUACAAUAGAUAAUAUCUAUGGAAAAAACAUUCUAUCUUGUCACAAUUUGCUUCCAAAAUUUACACAGUUUGCACAACUACCCAACAAGAUUUCAGCCAUUGAAUAGCUCAGAGUCACUGAGUGAGCUUCUCUGGGUCUGCUCUGCAUUCUAAUCACACUGUCUGUCAAAGCUAACACUCCCAACUUGUGUUCUGGAGAUAC